ACAGUCUCGUCGCUUCGAUUCGUCAACGUGUGCGAGCGAGCUUGAAAGGAGCGAAAGAAAAGGGCUUUACGUUUUCUCCGCGUUUGCCCCGAAACCGCCCUCCGAUCCGCCGGAGAAUUCUUGGAGACCCGCCGGAGAGAGUCGCCGCCGCCGUCCGCCGCGUCGGAAGCAUAUGUCGGGGGGUCGCGGUGCUAGGGUUUGGUGCCCGGAGGGGAGCCUUCCGAUGCCAAUCGAGUCCCUUGGGAAAUGAGCCUGCGGAUCGCCGUAAGAUUUGGGGUUCGGACUCUCGACAGCCAAGCUUUCGUCUCCGGAUGGAGGGUGGUGGAUGCCUAGGCACACUCUUUCUGGUACUUGUGCCUCUUUUCUAUCUUUUUACCGCCUCUCACUCUUCACUCCACUUGCCUACUGUUUCACUAUUUCUGACAAUUCGGUGGUUUGGCGCGGAAGAAAAAUUAGGAUGUUUCAUUUGCUCGAUUCCAAUGGGAUUCAUCCAUGGAUUAUGAUGAUUAUGAUUUUCAAAGCCAGAAUUUUCAACUAGGUGGAGAGGACAGCAGCAAAUUUCCUCCAAGCUUGAGGUCAUUUGCUCUACCAAAAUUUGAUUUUGAUGAACACCUGCAGCUUAAUCUGAGGUUUGACAGUUUGGUUGAACCAGAGGUUUUACUUGGCAUACAAGGUCAAGAAAAUAAUUGGAUAAAGGACUUUUCACCGGGAAGUAGUGCAAUAGAAUUUGGUUCAAGUGCUGCUGAAUCUUGCUGCAUUUCUAGGCAUAAUAAUGUCUGGUCCGAGGCUACAUCUUCCGAAUCUGUGGAGAUGUUAUUGAAAUCUGUUGGAGAGGAUGAGAUGGUAAACAACAAAGCUGUCAUUGGAGAGGCAGAUAUGCAUGAUCAAUUGAAUGGGAUAGAUGAUCAAAUGGAUCCCUUGAUAAGACAGGAUGAUUCGCAGAACUCUUGCCUGGGUGAUAUUGUGCACUCAGGUCCUAGCCCACUGGCUGAUAAGUCUAAUAAUAUCCUUUCAGGGUCAGAUAAGAAUGCAUUUAGGGAUCAGCCUCAGGUUGAAGGUAUGUCUCAAACUUCCAAGGAUGAGAAAUCUGAAAAAGGCAGGGACAUAAGUUCGUCAGAUGAGAAGUUUAACUUGGAUGGAAAGGUUGUUGCUGAGCAACAUAGUCCUGAUAAACCUUCUGAUGAAGUUAUUAAUGAGUUUUUUGAGAGUGUUCAGAAUGAUGAUUCUUUGGAUAAUGCAUUCAUGAGGAAGAGCACACCUGAUGAUCAUGGUUGUGCUCCAAGUGGAGGCACUAAAGCAAGUUCUGAAUGCAGGAAUACUGAAGAUGACCCUGCAGCUGUAUCCAUUGAUAAAUCUGGUGUGGGUGCUGGGAAGCUGAAAAAUCAGUCAUUGUCAGAGCAAAUAAUGGAGGAAAACAAAGAGGUUGGCAUGCUUGAGAAAUCAGAAGGUCUCCAACCUGAUAAUCUUCAGAAAGCAUAUAACCAGAUUACAUGCAGAGAUGGUAGAGUGGAUGAUCAUCAUUCUGAAGGCCAUUCACUCAACAAUGAUUUUUGCAGGAUAAAGGAUUCUACGUGUUUGGAUCCAUCUAUGGGCUCUUUGGUGUAUCUAAAUGAAGGGUGCAAUGUGCCUGCAUUUUCUGAGAACUCUGAUGGACUAUUGGAAGCUAUUGCUUACCAGGGUAAGGCCUUGAACAGAGAUAGUGAGACAGGUGAUAAAGUUGUGGCAAACAUGAAUGAGAAGUCUUCUUUAGAGGUGGAAGGAGAUAGGGAAAUUGAGAGGCAUUCUAUUGAAGUCAGCAAUGAAAAUAUGGAGAAGGUGCCUCAUAUGACGGAAACAUCUAAAAAUGUCAGCCAUAAUGAAACUAAAUUUCUUUCUAAAGAUGAUGACUUUCAUGUAAGUACUGUGCCAAUUAAAAACACAAAUGUCACUCAUUUUGGAGAGGAAAAAAAACUUGCUUCUUUUAAGGAAGUCAUUGAAGAAAAGCAAAAUCUUGAAGACCAGUUAUCUGACAAAAACAACAAUGAUUCUCAUAAUUCUAAACCCAUUGUCAUAGAAAAGAGUGUAGAGGAUGAAGAUCUUAUACAUACUACAGAGGAAUCAAGUGUUACAUUGAGUGCUUCAGAAGAUGCUUCAUUAAAAGCAUCUCCUUUGCCUGCUUUACAGCAUGAUGCAGAAGUAAAGGUCUUAUCUUCCACUCAUGACAAAUCAAUUGAGAUUAAAAAAGCUUGUAUUUCAGAGGUUGAGUCUAAUGUUGAUGUUGUGAUUCCUCCGGAUAUUUCUGCUAUUGGAAAGGAAUACACAGCACCAUCCAUUGAUUCAUGUGGUGCAAAUUUUAGAGCUGACACUUCUAAUGUCACUGAGAAGAUGGAAGAGGCCUCAUUUACAGACCAAAAUCCUGGUAUGGCAACAGAUGGUUCAUCAGUCAGGAAACUAAUUCAGGAUGAAUCUGUCGCUGAUCCUGCUACAGUUGGUGUUGAGUCAACUUCACUCAAUAAUUCGGCUGUUCUCCACCAGUCAUGUUCUGAAGAUGCUCUUGCAGUUGAUGUGGUUGUAGGACAGAAAGUAGCAGCUGUGUCACCUUUACCUGCAUCAGAGUGUUUCCAUUCUGAUGAGAAUGAUGUGAAAAUCUCAGCAUCAGUUACAAGGAGUAACUUAGAUUUCAAAAUAUCAAGUGAGACAUCUACAGUUGCUGAUGUAGUUCUGGAUGGCUCAUCACCAAUAAAGAUGGUUCUGGAUGACUCAGCAGAAAUCACCAAGAAUGAUGAGAAGCAGCCGAUGCCUGUACAUCCAUCUGCACAGGAGUGUUCUCCUGGUAUAUGCCAAAGUGGACAGCAAAAUAGUGAAGCUAAUUUAACUCCAGGAGAUAAUGAUGAUAAGCAGAAUCUUGUUGGCAACUGUGAUGCAUCAAAUGGCCAUACAAACAGAUCUCCUCAGUCCACUGUGCCUAGAAGUAAUGCUGACUUGCAGCUGCUGGAACCUGGAAGUGGUAUUCAGAGUUCGUUUGAGCCAAGUUGUGGUUCACCCACAGUCAUCAGUUGCACUGAACAUUCUCAAGGUGGAGUGGGGUAUCAAGAGGGUAGUAGAGGAGGUUUGGAGCGUAGCAGUGCUGCUGCAGAUGACUUGCCUCAUCUAUCUUCUGAGACAAUAGCAAGUGCUGGUGAAGUCAAAUCCAGUGAUCGUGAUUCUAAGGAUGGUACUGCAUCUGAAGAUGAUAGAAGCUUUACAUUUGAGGUUGGAUCAUUAGCAGAGUUGUCAGAAAAAACCACUGCCAAUAACUGGAAACCCUUUUCCAGUAUGCAUUCUUUGGAACUUCCUCAGGUCUCAAAAGAGAAUUCUCAAGGUGGUCUAAAAGAAUCUGAAGAAAGACGUCCACAAAGAACCACCACCAAUACCACUGGUGAUGUUAAAAGUGAGCAAGUAUCUGGGCGUGGAACUGGAAAAGUAAGCACAUCAAAAAGGACUGCGAAAGAAACUCCACCAAAGCAGGCAAAAGGAAGGGAAAGGAAUACAUGCAGCACCUCUCCUACCCGCGAUGCUACCAUAAGCAGCAACAUGCGGUUGGAGGAGAUGCGACAAGUCCCCAAUGUUGAGAGCAGCAAGAUGAAGGCUUCUUGUUCUCUGGCUGUUCAGACAUCUAUUUUGCCUGACUUGAAUACUUCAGUGUCUAGUGCAGCAUUGAUUCACCAGCCUUUCACAGAUUUACAGCAAGUUCAAUUGCGUGCACAAAUAUUUGUUUAUGGAUCAUUAAUUCAAGGUAUCCCACCAGACGAGGCUUGUAUGUUAUCGGCAUUUGGAGGAACUGAUGGUGGAAGGAGUGUAUGGGAGGGAGUGUGGCGUGCUGCUACAGCAAGGUUUCAGAAUCAGAAAUCACCUCUCAAUAUUUUUGAAACACCUAUACAUUCUCAUUCAGGUGUUAGGAUUACUGAGCAGGCAACAAAGUCCAGUCCACUUCAAAGCAAGGCCUUCAGUACCCCUGCUAGCCAAAGUGGCAUCAAGGUUGUGCCUUCAAGUACUGUAAAUUCCACAAUGUCUCUGCCAUCGCCUUUGUGGAGUAUUUCUUCUCAUGAUGCCUUAGCUUCUAAUGUACAAAGAGGCACACGUCUAGACUUUAAUCAGGCUGUAUCUCCCUUGCAUUCAUAUCAAUCUUCCCAAUUGAGGCAAUAUACAGGCAACACUACACCAUUGUUUUCUCUGACCCCUCGUCCUGGUUCCUGGGUUGUUUCAUCACAAAGUCCAACUUUAGAUGCUAGCUCACAAUAUUCUGCAACACCUGUUGCCGAAACAAUUCGAGGAACACCUUUGAGAGAUUCAGCUACACCCCAUGCCUCCAAUGUGCAGCUUGCGUACCCGAAUACUUUGCUGCCUACUCAGGCUCCUAUGAGUGUUUCUGCAACAUCUGUUGUGCAGGUUGAAAGCCAAAAUAAGUCGGCAAUUUCUGCAAAUACGAGGAAUGUAUCUAGUGCUCAGAAGUCCAGAAAGAGGAAGAAGGGUUCAGUGCCUGAAGAGCUUGGGCCAAUGUUUUUGGCUUCUCAACCUCAAACCGAACCUGCUUCCGCUCCUGCUGUUUCUAAGCAUCUACCAACUUCUGGAGGCUUCCCUUUAUCCACUGCAUCUGGCAGUCUUGUUUCAGCUUCAUCUCACAUUACCUCUCCUGCUCAUUAUCAGAUAGUUGGCAGUGGUAAUGCUGAACAGAGGGUCAUCAUUUCUGAGGAGACGUGCAAUAGAAUUGAGCACUCAGAACUGCAAGCAGAAGCUGCUGCUGCUCAUGCUGCUGCUGCCUUCCGGCACAGCCAAGGAAUAUGGAGUCAGUUAGCUGUCCAAAAGAAAUCUGGCUUGGUUGCAGAAAUUGAAGAGAAACUUAUAUCUGCAGCCGUUGCAGCUGCAGCAGCUGCUUCUGUUGCAAAAGUGGCUGCAGAAGCUGCUAAGGUUGCAUCUGAGGCUGCUUUGCAGGCUAAGAUGGUGGCAGAUGAAGCUCUGAGUUCUGCCAAAACAGGACAUCCUGGUCAAAAUUCUGAAGCUGGCCUUGAUGUAGGAAAGGAUUUGGCAAGGUUAACUCCUGUUUCAAUCUUGAAAGGCAAGGACAAGAUCAAUGGAUCUAGUUCUAUCAUUUCUGCUGCACGAGAGGCUGCUAGAAGAAGGGUGGAAGCAGCUUCUGCUGCCACAAAACGAGCAGAGAACUUAGGUGCCAUAUUGAAAGCUGCAGAACUGGCUGCAGAAGCGGUUUCACAGGCAGGAAUGAUCAUUGCGAUGGGGGAUCCCUUACCAUUUACUAUCAGUGAUUUGGUGGAAGCUGGUCCUGAAGGUUAUUGGAAAGUUCAACACACAACCAUUGAGAAACAUACAAAAACAAAUGGCUUGCACCAAGAGGAGAAUUUGGGUAUGCUUGUGCCUGGUGAUCAUGACAUACCUGUUAAACAAUCUACUAAGCGAUCAUCAGGUCAUAGAGAGAUACAGAAAAUUACCGAUGAAGAGGGAAUAACUUCCCGUAGUGAUCAGGCCACACAAUCAGAGGAAAAUAACAUAGGAAUCACAUCAGUAACUGUUCCAACUGAUAGACUUGAAAGAGAUUCUGGGGCAAGUAAUCUUAAAGGAAAUAGCAUCCAAAAGGGAACUCUUGUUGAGGUUGUGGCUGGUGAGGAUGGUCACAGAGGGGUUUGGUUUUCUGCACAGGUUCUUGAUGUUAAAGAUGGUAAAGCAUUGGUCUGCUACAAUGAUCUUGUUCCCGAUGAAGGCUCUGGUCAGCUGACAGAGUGGAUACCACUUGAGAGUGGAAAAGAUAAAGCUCCUAGAAUACGUGUUGCUCAUCCUAUAACUGCUGUGAAACCUGAAGGAACAAGGAAGCGGCGUAGAGAGGCUGUGGGGAAUUAUGCUUGGGCAGUUGGAGAUAGGGUAGAUGCAUGGAUACGGGAUGGUUGGUGGGAAGGGAUUGUCGCUGAGAAGAGCCCAGGCGAUGAAACAAAGUUGACCGUCCAUUUUCCAGCUGGAGGUGAUUCAUCAAGUGUUAGCGCUUGGAAUGUUCGGCCAUCUCUCAUUUGGAAGGAUGGUCAAUGGAUAUUGUGGUCACAUGUCAGAGAAAGAAAUACAGUUGAACCCUCUGAGGGUGAUACUCCCUAUGAGAAACGUCAGAAGCUUGGCAAGCUUGAAGGCAAAAUCGAUUCAGGAAUUGAUGGCAGAGGAGUAGGGAGUACGUCAACUGAUAUGUCCAGUGCUGAUUCUAGAAAACCUGAAGAUUCAAGAUCACUAAAUUUAUCUGCAAAGGAUAAGAUCUUUUCUAUUGGAAAGAAUGUAAGAGAGGAAUGUAAUUCUGAUGCACUGAAAGUAAAACGGACUGGGCUGCAGAAAGAAGGAUCAAGAGUGGUCUUUGGUGUACCUAAGCCUGGAAAGAAAAGAAAAUUUAUGGAAGUAAGCAAGCAUUACACUGCAGAUAAGAUUGGAAAGGCAAGUGAAGGGAAUGAUUCUAUUAAAUUUGCAAAGUAUUUGAUGCCACAAGCAUCCCGCUUAUGGAGAAGUACUUCAAAAGUGGAUACCAAAGGAAAACGGACCAGUGACUCCAAGCGUAGGGGCCUCAAAUCUGUAAAAUCGCAAAACAUUCAGGCUAGAGGUACAGUGGAGAGGGAUGGUUCAUCCCUUACCACUGCACCUGCUUCAAAUGGUGGAGAAAGUGGUCUUGGUUCUUUACCAAAUGUCAAAGCUUCUAAUGAAGAGAACAAUAUAGGAAAGAAAAAUUUACUGGAAGCUGGUCCUUUGUCAACUGGUCUCGGAACAGCAGAUACUACAGCAGUGGAGUCUUCUGUGAUGCCUAUGCCUGGUGUUCCAUCAUCUAAGAUGAAGUCAUCCACUGCUGUUGAGGCUGAAGGAGUAAAAGGAAAGGUUACACACGCUACAGAAAAAUCUACUGGAGUUGAAGUUAAGGGCUCUGAAAAACCUGCUAAAAUUGUCUCUGAUGCCAUUGAGCCUCGGAGAUCCAACCGCAGAAUUCAACCAACCUCGAGGUUGCUUGAGGGAUUGCAAAGUUCAUUGAUCAUAUCCAAGAUUCCUAGUGUUUCACAUGACAGAGGUGCCAGAGCCCAGCAUAGAGGUGCAUCGUCUUCUAGAGAUUCAGGUGAUGCAACGGAUUGACAGAACUAGAACACGCAUCAUCUAUUUUGCUGAUUUGCAGGCAUGAGUUUCUGGACUUUCUACAUGUCCAGUCGGUGACACUUUGAUGCAUGAUCAUGGUUGGCUCACUGGAAUCGGACGGUGCAGAAGUAGUGGGAUAAUAGUUUCCACAUGGAGGUAUCAUCAAACAGACACCUUUAUUGCGCGACUAAUCAUUUGUUCUCGGUAGUUUAACUUGAUACCAGCCUGGCGAGUGAAAAUUAAAGACUGAAUGGUAGUUUCAACAAUGAAGAUCCAACUUUUUUAAUUGGGUUGAUCAGAUGUUAUUGUUGAGGUUCAGACAGGUUUGUCUUUAUGCCUCUGAUAUAUUAUUGAUAUGGUAUUGUUCAUGGUAGUAGGAUAUUUAGCUCGUGGCCUUUGGUCCAGAAUGUACGUUUGAUGGUGGUGCGUCAGUUGUAUCGGCACGACUGUACCGUUGGAUUAGAAAAUAGCAUGUAUUUCUGUGUGAUUCAAGCCCGUUGCCGCAGGCAAAUUU